AUGUUUGGAGAUAUGCCAUAUGCUUCAAGUACAACAAGUAGUGGGAAUGGUUCUUCAGUUAUCACAAGUCCAGCACCAUCUUACAUUUCUCAUUUACCCUCUAAAUUAAAGAACUUUUUUAGACUUAAUGGUACAAGUAAAAAGGACUCUAUUAGUUCUUUAAACGCCAGCGGAAAUAAUUCACCUAAUACAAACGGAGGAUUAGGAGAAAUGGGAUCCUCAACUUCUCUUUCAUCAAUUUUGUCAAAUAAUAGUGAGAAAAUUAAUAAUAGUGUUAAUGGUUGUUCACGAAAUGGGUCAUCAUUAAAAACUUCUAAUGGAAAAAGUAGAACAAUUGGACCAUGGUUUUUGAAAGACGGAAAUAAUAAUCAAAAAUUACGUAGGGUAGCUUCUGCUCCUAACACAAAAGCAUUAAAUGAGAAAAACUCUUCUCAAUCACAAUCAUCACAACAAAUGUUAGGAAAAUAUAAUAAUAAUGAAAAUUUAUCUGUUCCAUCUAGACCUUUAUCAGAAAUGAAACGGUCAGGAACUUUUAAAAGAACUUAUUCCUCAAAUUCUAUUAAAAUUAAAAGAGUUGAAGUUGGUCCAAACAGUUUUCAAAAAGUUAAAUUACUAGGCAAGGGUGAUGUUGGCAAAGUUUAUUUGGUUAAAGAGAAAAAAACUAAUAAACUAUAUGCCAUGAAAGUUUUAUCGAAAAAGGAGAUGAUUAAACGUAAUAAGAUUAAGCGAGCCCUUGCCGAACAGGAAAUUCUUGCGACAUCAAAUCAUCCUUUUAUUGUUACAUUAUAUCAUUCGUUUCAAAGUGAAGAUUAUUUAUAUUUAUGUAUGGAGUAUUGCAUGGGAGGAGAAUUUUUUCGUGCCUUGCAAACAAGACCUGGUAAAUGUCUUUUAGAGGAAGAUGCAAAAUUCUACGCAGCUGAAGUUAUUGCAGCCUUAGAAUAUUUACAUUUAAUGGGAUUUAUUUACAGAGAUUUGAAACCUGAAAACAUAUUAUUGCAUCAGUCAGGGCAUAUUAUGUUAUCAGAUUUUGACUUGUCAAAACAAUCUCAUCCCGCUAAUAUGCCCGGAAUUGUAAAGAAUAGUGGGACCAAUGCUCCUCCAUCGAUAGAUACUAAGUCAUGUAUUGCUAAUUUAAGGACAAAUUCGUUUGUAGGGACAGAAGAAUAUAUUGCCCCUGAAGUUAUUAAGGGAUGUGGACACACAAGCGCUGUCGAUUGGUGGACGCUUGGGAUAUUAAUAUAUGAGAUGCUGUAUGGAUUUACACCUUUUAAAGGUCAAAAUCGGAAUGCUACAUUUUCUAACAUAUUAAGAAAUGAGGUCUACUUUCCGGAAACAGCCAAUGCAUUGCAAGUAUCAAAUUUAUGUAGAUCAUUAAUUAAAAAAUUACUUUGUAAAGAUGAAAAUAGAAGAUUAGGAUCAAAAGCAGGUGCAUCAGAUGUUAAAGCACAUGCAUUUUUUAAGAACACACAAUGGGCUUUACUGAGACAUGCUACUCCUCCAAUUAUACCCCAACAAAGUUUUGGUACUGAUGCUAUAAAUUUUCGUAAUAUACAAGAAAGUGUUAGUUUAGAUAUGGAGGGUGAAAAGAUUGUUGUUGAAGUUGAAGGUGAAAAUCCCUUUGAAGAAUUUAAUAGCGUAACAUUACAUCAUGACGGAGACGAUGAUAUUGUCGAGACAUAG